CUUGUGAAAUCGCACAUGCGCAGAUCGUCUUUUGUUUCCUGCCGUGGUGGCGCUUACCUGUCUGCGUUUCGAUCGGUGCCAAUCGUCGUGAAGCCUGCUGGGAACGAGUACGUGCACGCGCUUUCGCGUAAACUAACAAAAGAAGAAGAAGAAGAAGAAUUGGAAGGCGCCGUUUUCAGUAGUGCUUUGAUGGACACAAUGGAGAAGACUUGCCACACUGUCUUGGAGCCAAAACAAGUGGGAUUUAAAUGUGAAGAGGACCUGAGAGGAGACGGGAAAAAUGACAGAGAUGAGGGCUACCUUUGCUUGGCUACCACGGAGAACAAAACUGUACACAUUAAGCUUGAGGACUGUGAAUCGGAAUUUUGCAACCAGAAACAGAUGAUCCUUCACAUUAAGAAGGAGAAUUGUGAACAGGCGGCCAUGGUCAACAAGUCUGUUUUCCUUGACAUUCAGAAAAAUAGUCUUGUAAGUGAAGUUAAGCAGGAAGCACUUAAACCAGAGUGUGAUUCCCAUCCAGAUGAACUGGUAAUGGAAUUAGACUGCAAUUAUAACGGACGCUGUGCUCACCAGGAAAAUUCUGGCCAGAUGAAGCUGGAACCUUUGGAGUCUGACGUGAAGAGGAAUGAGAAAACAACUCCAUCUGAGAAAGUAGAAGGCGCCAUUUUCUGUAGUGCCUUGAUGGACACAAUGGAGAAAACUUGCCACACUGUCUUGGAGCCAAAGCAGGUGGUAUUUAAAUGUGAAGAGGACCUGACAGAAGGCAGAAAAAAUGACCGAGAUGAGGGCUCCCUUUGCUUGGCUACCAUAGAGAACAAAGCUGUACACAUUAAGCUUGAGGACUGUGAAUCGGAAUUUUACAUCCAGAAAGAGACGAGCUUUCACAUCAAGAAGGAGGAUUGUGAACAGGAGGCCAUGGUCAACAAAUCUCUUAGCCUUGACAUUCAGAAAAAUGGACUUGUAAGUGAACUUAAGAAGGAAGCACUUAAGCCAGAGCGUGAUACCCAUCUAGAUAAACUGUUAAUGGAAUUAGACUGCAAUUAUAAUGGACGCUGUGCUCACCAGGAAAAUUCUGGCCAGAUGAUUUUGGAACCUUUGGAGUCUGAGAUGAAGAGGAAUGAGAAAACAACUCUUUCUGAGAAAGUGGAGGAUGACAUUUUCCAUAGUGCUUUGAUGGACACAAUGGAGAAGACUUGCACUACUGUCCAUGGGCGAAAAGAAGUGGGAUAUAAAUGUGAAGAGGGCCUGACAGAAGACAUGAAAAAUGACAGGGAAGAGGGCUGCCUUUGCUUGGCUACCAUGGAGAACAACAAUGUACACAUUAAGGUGGAGGACUGCGAACAGGAGGCCAAAGUCAACAAAGCUCUUGGCUUUGACAUUCAGGAAAAUACACUUGUAAAUGAUGUUAAGAAGGAAGCUUUUAAUCCAGAGUGUGAUUCCCAUCCAGAUGAACUGGUAACAGAAUUAGACUGCAAUUAUAAAAGACACUGUGCUCACCAGGAAAAUUCUGGCCAGAUGAAGAUGGAGCCUUUGGGGAUUGAUGUGAAGAGGGAUGAGAAAGAUUUAGAAGAGAGCAACAGCUUCUCCCAUUCUUCUUUAGCUCACAACUCUCUUCAAAGUACACCAGAACACAAAUGUUGUGAUGAAAAGAUGAAGAAAAUGAUGUCUGAGAGCUCAGAAAGCUUGCCAAUACCCUCAGUGAAAUGUAAUUAUUUGCCUGUUGUGAAAUUAACAAGGAUAGAUGCCAUCUGUGGUGAGCAUCAGGUGCAAAACACAAAUCGACAAUCUUUGCAUAUUUCUAGUGAGUGUGGAGAAAAUGUUAAAUGUAAAACUGAUUAUAACGCUAAUCAGGAGCUUAAUGUGAUAUCAAAACCAUAUUCUUGUUCUGAAUGUGGCAAAUACUUCUCAAGUAUAAAAAACGUUAAAAGGCAUGCAAUAAUUCACAGUGCAGAGAAGCCACAUUGCUGUGUUAAAUGUGGUAAACAGUUCUCACAAAUAGGUAACCUUCAGAGCCACACAAGAACUCACACUGGAGAGAGGCCAUACAGAUGUUCAGAAUGUGGCAAACGAUUCUCAGGCUUAAGCAAUCUUAGGAGACAUACAAGAAUUCACACUGGAGAGAAGCCAUAUUGCUGUCCAGAAUGUGGCAAAUGUUUCUCUGAUGUUAGCAGUUUAUAUGGUCAUAAAAAAAGUCACAGUAGCGAGAAACCAUAUACCUGUUUGGAAUGUGGCAAAUGCUUUUCACAAAUAAGCUACCUUCAUAAACACACAAGCACUCAUAGCAAAGAGAAACGUUACACCUGUUCAGAGUGUGGCAAACAGUUCUCUCAAUUAGCCUAUCUUCGGAGCCACAUGAGAAUUCACACAGGAGAGAAACGCUUUUGCUGUUCUGAUUGUGGCAAACGAUUCUCAAAAGUCAGCCACCUUAAGACCCACAGAAGAAUUCAUACUGGAGAGAAACCAUAUAGCUGCUUUGAAUGUGGCAGACGAUUUUCUUAUAAUAACAGCCUUCGGACUCAUUCAAGAGUUCACACUGGAGAAAAGCCAUAUGCCUGUACAGAAUGUGGCAAUCGAUUUACUGACAGUAGCAGUCUUUGGAAACACCUUAAACUUCACAGUGGAGUGAAACCUCAUUGCUGUUCUGUUUGUGGUAAAGGGUUCAUGCAAAUAAGCCAUCUUCAGAGACAUACAAGUGUUCAUGCUAAGAAGAAAAGCAAGCAGACGUGCACAAGCUAGCAGAGUCACAAUUAAACUUAAGACCAGUAAUGAAAUUCCACCAUCAGAACAAGACUCUUCCAAGACGUUAAGAGUCACAGAAAAUGUGCUGGAGCUCACUGAAUACAAAGAAUAAGAACACAGCUCUUCUUAGAAUGAAGAAUAUUUGGGUGUUAUUAUUAUAGCUCCCUGCUAAAGUAAAAGUAAAGAUGCUAAAUAGCUGUGAAUUUUACAAUGUUUUAUAAUAAACCUGAAAUCUUGACACAGAAUCUAUGAGGGUGCAAAGAGAAGAGAGAUUCUACAGAAUUUUAGGGAAAAACAUUAAACUACAAUCCUAGAAAAAAUGAAAUUGAAAAGGUUCUCGUGAAGGGUAUACAGUACAAAAACCUUCUGGUGGAGAUGGCAGCCUCUGAGAAUAUUAAACAUGUACAAAUCCCUGAAAUGAAGUGCCCUUGGUUACAUUUGAAAUAAUUGAAAUUAACAUCACAAAGGCAAGAUGAUGAGUUCAAACAAAGGGCCCAUAUUCUGAUGUACUUAGCUACCAUUCCUGUCUGUGUAAAAUGAGCAUCCUAAGGUAGGUAAAUAGAUACUUUAUUAAUCCCAAGGGGAAAUUUGCAUGGAAUUCACAUGGAACUGCUACUGUAAUAUGCCUCCCCAGUUGGUGUUUGUACAACUUUACAUUACAUUUAUAAUUAGCAACCCAUAUGUGUGCUUUUUUUAUUCACGUGUUUAAUUUUGCAUAGCUGUCAUUGUCUGUAUGUAGCGAGACACUUGAGUGCAGAGUGAACACAAUCUAAAAGUGACUCCGCUCUAAUUUUUUUACUUAUCUUUUUUGUCUCUUUAAUUUUGCAAUUUUGCCUAAUUGCUGUUACUGUGUACAGAUUUCAAUGUGCAAAUUUAAUAAAAACAAAUGUCACACAAAUUUCA